GGCUACUCCCGAAGCCCAUGCCGGGUCCCCAACUCCUCUCCAGUCCCAGUCCCGCCGAACCAGCCCUGGCUCUUCGCUGACCCCGCGAGGAACUAUGCUAGGGCAAAGUCCCCGAGGGUGUGAACCCCAGUGUCCCAACCCCUGGGCGGGGACGGGCGGCGGCAGUGCGGGGAGCUGUGGCCAGCACAACCCGCGAAGCCCUGCCGCAAGCCGCCGGGUCCCUUCCGAGCCUCCGCCGCUACGCUAGGCCGCACCGCGGAGCCCCGGCCCUCAGGGCCGGCAUCCCGCACCGCCAGGCUCACUCCCGGGGCCCGGGCACCGCCACGCCCGCGUCCCGCAUCGCCAGGCCCGCGCUUCUCCGCGCCCCGCACCGCCGGGCCCGCGUUCCACCGCACUCCGCACCGCCAGGCCCAGACCCCCGGCUCCCCGCUCGCUCGCAGGCCCGCGCCGCAGCCACCGCCGCCGCCGCCGCCGCCAUGGCGGAAGUCCACAGACGUCAGCAUGCUCCGGUUAAAGGAGAAGCCCCCGCGAAAUCCUCCACACACAGAGAUGAGGAGGAGCUGGGGAUGGCGCCGGCCGAAACGCUAACGGUGUUCCUGAAGCUACUGGCUGCCGGUUUCUACGGCGUGAGCUCCUUUCUCAUCGUGGUGGUCAACAAGAGCGUGCUCACCAACUACAGAUUUCCAUCCUCGCUAUGUGUUGGACUUGGCCAGAUGGUGGCCACGGUAGCAGUUCUCUGGGUGGGAAAGGCACUCAGAGUAGUCAAGUUUCCUGACUUUGACAGAAAUGUACCUCGAAAGACGUUUCCACUACCUCUGCUCUAUUUCGGGAACCAAAUCACGGGACUGUUCAGCACAAAGAAACUGAACCUGCCCAUGUUUACAGUCCUGAGAAGGUUCUCCAUUCUGUUUACAAUGUUUGCUGAAGGCGCUCUACUUAAGAAGACUUUCUCUUGGGGUAUUAAGAUGACUGUAUUCGCCAUGAUCAUUGGGGCCUUCAUAGCCGCCAGCUCUGACUUGGCCUUUGAUCUGGAAGGAUAUGUUUUUAUUUUGAUCAAUGAUGUCCUGACAGCAGCAAAUGGUGCAUAUGUGAAACAGAAGUUAGAUUCGAAAGAGCUGGGAAAAUAUGGUCUGCUCUAUUACAAUGCACUGUUCAUGAUUCUGCCCACCCUGGCCAUUGCGUAUUUCACAGGAGAUGCACAAAAGGCAAUGGAGUUUGAGGGCUGGGCCGACGCCCUGUUCCUGCUGCAGUUCACCCUCUCCUGUGUGAUGGGGUUCAUCUUGAUGUAUGCUACAGUACUCUGUACUCAGUAUAACUCUGCUCUGACCACAACAAUAGUCGGCUGCAUUAAGAAUAUAUUAAUAACUUAUAUCGGAAUGGUCUUUGGUGGAGAUUAUAUUUUCACGUGGACAAAUUUUAUUGGCCUAAAUAUCAGCUGCUUGCUGGGCACAUUAGCAUGGAUACCAGCUGGCACACUCAGGAUUUCCGAAGGUUCUAGGUGGACGAGUCACUCUUCAACAACAAACCCAGUGUCUCAGAAGGAAAUGGACACUACCAUGAGAGUACUACUUGUAUUCAAGCCACAAAUGCAUCCAGACCUUCUAUGGAGUCCAUGUGACAUGGGCUCUGGAGACAUUCAAGCUCACCUGUUAAGUUUCUCCUCACCACACCUCCACGCAGGCUAUGGCAGUUAAAACGUUUAGACAUGGGAGCACACGAGUGCUCUGACCUUAACUGGAAUGCCACUGAGGAAAGGUUUUCAAAAUAUAUUUUCAUAAAACCAGUGUCACCUCUUCACUCCCAGGCAAUUCUGAUCAAACUAAACUGUUUCAUGUACUCAGUACUUGUGAAUCAUUAGCAACUGCACACGCCCAAGCAUAUUUACAUCUUUCCAAAAAUGCCAACAGCCAUCCUUUAACCCCGAAAGGAAAUGUAGGCAGUGGGAUGGAUACCACACUGCAAACAUUAAAGCUCCCAAUUCAGGAGGUUGGAAAUUUCAAAAUAUAAGCCACCCAAGUGAAUUCCCAUCACCCACAAUGUAUUUGUUCAGAGUACUAAUGAUAGUCAACGUUUUAAAAGGGCUCAUGCUCAGAAUAACUGGCAUCUCAUGUUCACCUGGCCAAAGCCCAGUUGGGCACAAGAUACUGUCAAGUCUCUAUAAAAAGCUCAUCUGCUUUCUAAAAGAGGAACACAAAUCCCUUAUCCCGGAGUUGCCAGAACCUGACAAACUACCUUUCAGAACAUGGUGAGUCAAUUCAGCCCAAUGAUGCUAGCAAUGAUGAGAACAACUGUUUAACCACCAGGCUAAACCUCCACUAGUCCACACCUCUCCUCAGGCUUAGGCAUCAAGACAUGCUGUGCACACUGCCCACCCGACAGACUGAACUAGAGAGCUGUCCAGUCCAACACGCUCUACAGUAGGUAUUAAAAGUGAAUGGCAUUUGUUGAUCAUGUCUAACAUCUUAAAUUAAAAAUAAAUCUUACUUAGCUAAAAUUCUAUUGGAAAGAUGUGAGUGAACUUAUUUUCCCAACAGUGCCUCUGUUCCCAUACAAAAUGCUUUUUUUGACUUCCACAUUUGUCUAUUUGAAGACAUGCAGAGUCUCUUAUGUGCCUGGCACAAGAGACCCAAACAUUUGCUGGAUUAUAGGAUAUAUGGAUACAAAAACUUUACCGGUUCAGUUUUCUGUGUAUGAAUGUUUCACCCACACAUGUCUAUUCACCAUGUACAUGCAGUGCUCAAGGAGUCAGAAGAUGUUGCUAGAUUCCUUGGAACGGGAGUAACAGAUGAUGGUGAGUAACCACCCAGGUGCUGAGGAUAAAUCAGCCAGAGCUUCUAACAGUUAAGCCAUCUCUUCAAUCUCAACUACUGACAUUUAAACGAAGAAAUUUUCACCGUCACUUUAGAUGGAGGAAAACUGGAAUAUGGCUCUAGUUUACAUAACUUCAGUGUUCUGCACCAGUGUGCACAAAUAGGUGUAUAUACAGAAAAUUUUUGGCUUGGUGAUGGUUGCCAGCACUUGGGAAGGAUACAGAAACAGGCAGAUCUCUAUGAACUCGAGGUCAGCUUGGUCUACAGAGCGAGUCCCAGGACUGCCAAGCUUACACAGAGCAGCUGUCUUAAAAACACCCCCCACCCCCCAAAAAAACC